AUGCAGGUGCUGACUGAAAUCGGUGUACCAGUGGAAUAUGCCGAUCUAGAGGCCCUCGACAUCUCAAGGCUAAACGAGCCUGGCGGUAAAGAAGCCCUGGCAGCACAGGUCCUCAGCUUCAUCAACAGGAAUGUAUACGCAUCAGUAUACGUGAAUAGACACGGAACGAGAUCAAUAAAUGUGUACACAUAUCCUUACCGCACGCCAGGCUUCUUCUACGUCACCGGCCACGGCUUCACCGACGCCCAAGUCCGGCGACAGUACGCCCUCUGCCGCGCCGUCUUCGACCUCCCGCUCGAGGAGAAGCUUAAGUACAAGUGCGAUACGGCGGCCGGUGACUUCAGAGGCUACAAGCCGCGCACGCCUGACGAUGGUAGCGGAAAGUUGGCCGCGCGCGACAACGAUGAGCGUUACAACAUCCCCAAGUUCACUCCCGAGCACGUGCGCCCACACCCGCGUAUCAUACUCGACCACUGGGACGAGAUAGGCGCCUUCUCGCGACGUGUGCACGACGCACUCCUCUUGCCGCUUCUGCGGUUGUUCGCGCACGUUUUGGAGCUGGACGACGAGGAAGCGCUGGCCCGCCGCCACAGCUACGAAGCUCCAGGGCUCGAGUACCUCCGCUACAUGAAGUACCACCCGCGCACGGGGGAGGGCGCCCAGGAACCUGCCGACAGCCUCUGGGCCGGCGCCCACACAGACUACAACACGCUCACCUUCCUGUUCCACCAGCCUGUGGCCGGGCUGCAGGUGCAGACGGCGCCCGGAGGCCCGUGGCGGUACGUCCGGUCGCCACGCGACGCCAUCAUCGUCAACAUCGCCGACGCCCUCGAGUUCCUCAGCGGCGGGUACCUUAGGUCCACGGUGCACCGCGUCGUGCGGCCACCCGAGGAUCAGGCCGACAAGCCCCGGUUCAGUCUCAUCUACUUUGCUCGCCCCGAGGCGGACGUCGUCAUGGAGCCCCUGUCUAGUCCCUUGCUGCGACGGGUUGGCCUUGGGGAGCGGAUCCAGAAGGAAAAGUUUGCCCGACAGGUUACUGCCGAAGAAUGGGCCCGGGCCCGUAUCGCUAAGGAUCACCGAUUCCGUGUCGGAAUUGUGGACCAGCAGGAAAAGGAGAUCAUUGCCGGG